UUUAAACCAUUUUCAGUUCUUUUACGCGUAAAUUAUAUAAUAAGUUAUGCUGUGAUCGUGUUGUGUAAAUAAUAGUUCACUAGUUAAUACAUGAUCUUCUAUAUCUACUUGACAGAUAAUGAUACAAAUACAUGGCAACUGGAUUUACAAUGGAAUAUAAAAAAGAUAUGAAGAGCUACAAUGAAGAUAAAUUAAUGCAUAUUUUUAAAAAAGUUAUUGCAAGAAGGAAACAAACAGAAAUUUUAUUAAAAUUAUUUGGUCCUCCCAGUACUUUUGCUACGCAGAGUAUUUUUAUUUAUGGACAUGCAGCUACUGGUAAAACACUGCUAGUUAAAACUAUUAUGCAGCAAUUACAGCUUUCUCAUAUUUGGAUAAAUUGCAUAGAAAUGCAUACACCACGAUAUUUGUUUGAAGGUGUUUUGAAAGCAGUUUCAAAAUUAUUGAAUUGUGAAAAAAACUUUCAAUUUUUUCAUUGUGAUGAUAUGUGUGAUUUUUUAUAUAAAUUGAAAACAUUAAUACCAAACUGCACUGAUACUUUGUAUAUAAUUUUAGAUAAAGCAGAAAUUCUUAGAAAUUUUAAUCAUUCAAUUUUGUCGUCUUUUCUUAAACUUCAAGAAUUAGUUAACUUGAAUGUAUGUGUAAUUUUAAUCUCAGAAAUUGUUUGGGAAAAAUUUCAACAGAGUACAACUACAUAUGAACCAUAUAUUAUUCAUUUUCCUGAUUACAAUAAAGAUGAGCUUCUAAAUAUCAUGGCUCUUCAAUGUCCACCAGAUAUUUCUGAAGAACUUUACAGAGGGUACCUGAAAAUGGUUUUAGGAGUAUUUUAUAUAGUUACAAGAAACUUGAAAGAACUACAAUAUUUAGUAAGUUUCUUUGUAACAAAUUAUGUUUUGUCAACAAAAUAUUUUUCAGAUGAGCUUCUAAAUAUCAUGGCUCUUCAAUGUCCACCAGAUAUUUCUGAAGAACUUUACAGAGGGUACCUGAAAAUGGUUUUAGGAGUAUUUUAUAUAGUUACAAGAAACUUGAAAGAACUACAAUAUUUAGCAAAUUUAAAUUUUCCUAAAUACAUUGAAUAUAUUAAUUUAGAUGAAGCAAGCACAACAGAUGUUCAUAAACUGUGGAAAAAUAUUGAACCACAUUUAAAGAAUUCACUAAAUACUGUUUAUAUAAGAGAAGUUUCAAGUGAACCAAGAUAUUUUCCUCUCUUCCUGACUCACUCUGUGUCAUAUUCAUAUGCACAUAUGGUUUAUUUUAAAGUAGAAGUAUCUAAAAAAGAAAAACAUUCCCGGAAGAGAAUAAAGAGGGAAAAACGACUUACAAAUCAUUUGAUUGGACCAAAAUCAUUUCCUUUAGAAAGAAUGUUAGCUAUAUUUUAUUCAAUUAUUGAGGAAAAAACACCUCCAAAGGCAAUUAUAUUUUCUCAGAUUGCUUCUCUACAAUCUCUGCAAUUAUUGGCAUGUUCUACUCAUCCAGAAGAAAUUAGUUUGCCAAAAUACAAAUGCCUGGCCAGUUUGAGCCUCAUUAGAAAUAUUGGAAGAAUAGUUGAUUUUGAUGUCCUUCAAUAUUUAGAUGAUUUUACAUAAAUUAUAAAUUGUCAAUAAAAUUUUUAUAGAUUGUUACUAUUAUAUUUUAUGUACAAAAAUUCUUUUUUAUAUUAAAGCACAUUUUAUACUUUGU